AACAAAAUUUACGCAAUGAAAUCUGCAGUAACAAGAGUGAUAAUGCUAAAUAUAAAAAAAUCGGCAAGAACGUUACUGCAACCCCGAUCUCAGUACAUUCAAAGUCAGAGGACACUUACAUCUCAAGAAGUAUUCGAUCGUGAAUUUAAAUAUUGUGCUCAUAAUUAUCAUCCAAUCCCUGUGGCUCUAUGCAAAGCGCAGGGUGUAUUUAUGUGGGAUGUCGAGGGAAAACGGUAUUUUGAUUUUCUAAGUGCUUAUUCGACAGUCAAUCAAGGCCACUGUCAUCCCAGAAUUUACAAGGCGAUGAUCGACCAGGCUAAGAUGUUAACUUUGACGUCCAGGGCAUUUCAUUCUGAUAUCUUGGGUGAAUUCGCGGAAUAUAUCACGAAACUUUUUAGCUAUGACAAAUGAUUGCCAAUGAACACGGGCGUAGAAGGUGGCGAAACAGCAUGCAAAUUGGCACGCAGAUGGGGAUACGCGUGCAAGGGCAUACCGCAGAAUCAGUCCAAGAUAGUUUUUGCGGAGGGCAACUUCUGGGGAAGAACUUUGAGUGCUAUCUCUUCGAGUAUUGAUCCCAGCAGUUACAGCGGCUUCGGCUCGUUUAUGCCAGGUUUCGAGCUUGUACCCUACGAUGAUCUUCCGGCACUUCAACGAGCCUUCGCCGAUCCAAAUGUCUGUGCUUUCAUGGUGGAGCCUAUUCAAGGUGAAACUGGCGUAGUAGUUCCUAAGGAUGGGUAUCUAAGAGGAAUUCGAGAGCUUUGCUCAAAGAAUAAUGUCUUGUGGAUCGCGGAUGAGGUGCAGACCGGCCUGGCGAGAACGGGAAAGCGGAUCGCGGUGGAUCACGAAAACGUGAAGCCAGAUAUUUUGAUUCUCGGUAAAGCUCUGUCCGGAGGAUUUUAUCCUGUUUCCGGUGUAUUAGCUAACGAUCCCGUUAUGCUAACGAUCAAACCUGGCGAGCACGGGUCUACUUAUGGUGGCAAUCCUUUGGGAUGCAGAAUUGCCCUUGAAGCACUUCGCGUUCUGGAAGAGGAGAAACUCGCUGAGAAUGCGGAAAGACUCGGUCACAUAUUCAGAAAUGAGCUUAGCAAACUACCGAAGGAGGUAGUCACUUUAGUGAGGGGAAAGGGUCUCUUGAAUGCCAUUGUCUUUAAUGAAAAGAUUAAUGUCAUGGAUGUUUGUUUGAAACUGAAGGAACGCGGGCUCUUGACGAAACCAAUACAUGGACACAUCAUUCGUUUGGCACCACCAUUAAUUAUCAAGGAGGAACAGUUACGCGAGAGCGUGGAUAUUAUUUCUAAGACUAUUCUCACGCUCAAUUAGCAAUUCAAUAUUUUU